CUGACCCCGCUCGUCUGACAGCACGGAAACCAGCACCAGCUUCGCGUCUCCGAUUCCCUCCUUUGUUGCCUCCUUCCCUCCGAUCGAUUGCUGCCACUGCGUCGUCCAACUCCCGCACUUGGAGCCCCCCCUAGGGUUCAGUGUCGCCAUCCAAUUUGGGCAGCUGAAGUAGAAGCAGAAGCUGAAGGGAAGCUGAAGGGAAGGAAAGGAAAGAUAGGCAGCGAGCGAGGGAGGGAAUCGACAUGGAAUCCAGCGGGCAUGGCCAGGGAGGAGGAGGGCAGGGGCAGCACGACGGUGCUGAUGCCAAUUCGCAGAAGACCGCUGACCUCACAGCCUUCGUGCAGAACUUGUUGCUCCAAAUGCAGACUCGCUUCCAGACCAUGUCCGAGUCCAUCAUUACCAAGAUCGACGAGAUGGGAUCGCGCAUCGACGAGUUGGAGCGGAGCAUCGGUGAGCUCGUCAAGGAGACCGGCCACGCCGACGCCAUCUCUGCUUCGCCGUCCCAGUCCUCUUACCAGGAGCUGCGAGGAGGGGGCUCCUCCGCAAAGGAUUCGAGGUAAAGCCCGAGAAUAUAUUGGCAGUUGAUAAGGGAGUAAGGAACUUACAGCUGAGCUUUUGUAGUGUGCGUUGUUGGAGAAGCACGGGUUUGUCGUUGCGGUCAUCUGUGGCGAUGACGAUAUGUGUAGAUUACACUGUCAUCCCCAGAAACUGUUGGCACUGCAAAUUUGAUUUACGAGCAGUGUGCCGCUGGACCUAUAAACUAUUGCAAAGGAUGUUAUGGUAGCAGAAGGACGGGAUUGAUUGCAGAAGCUUUGGUGUUGCAUGAGCGUGUAAUUUAAACUCUAUGACUAUGAUUUAAAAUGUCAACAUUAUUUUAUGUAAAUGUA